CGUGCAGGGUGUCUUUUAUGAAUAAUCAAAAGCCGCAGAAGCCGACGCUAUCAGGCCAGCGUUUUAAAACUAGAAAAAGAGAUGAAAAAGAGAGGUUUGACCCUACUCAGUUCCAGGACUGUAUUAUUCAAGGUUUAACCGAAACUGGCACUGACUUGGAGGCAGUAGCAAAGUUUCUUGAUGCUUCUGGUGCAAAACUUGACUAUCGCCGCUAUGCAGAAACGCUUUUUGACAUCCUGGUGGCUGGUGGAAUGCUGGCCCCAGGUGGUACCCUGGCAGAUGACAUGACACGCACAAACGUCUGUGUAUUUGCAGCACAGGAAGACCUAGAAACCAUGCAAGCAUUUGCUCAGGUUUUUAACAAGCUAAUCAGGCGUUACAAGUACCUGGAGAAAGGCUUUGAAGAUGAAGUCAAAAAGUUGCUGCUGUUCCUGAAAGGGUUCUCAGAGUCUGAGCGGAACAAACUGGCCAUGUUGACAGGUAUUCUGCUAGCCAACGGAACGCUUAAUGCAUCAAUUCUCAACAGUCUUUACAAUGAGAACUUGGUUAAAGAAGGUGUUUCUGCAGCUUUUGCAGUCAAGCUGUUCAAAUCAUGGAUAAAUGAGAAAGAUAUUAAUGCAGUGGCUGUCAGUCUUCGUAAAGUAAACAUGGAUAACAGGCUGAUGGAACUCUUUCCAGCCAACAAACAAAGUGUUGAACACUUCUCCAAGUACUUCACUGAAGCAGGACUGAAAGAACUUUCCGAGUAUGUUCGGAACCAGCAAACCAUAGGAGCUCGGAAAGAGCUGCAGAAAGAACUUCAGGAACAGAUGUCACGGGGAGAUCCAUUCAAGGAUAUAAUCUUGUACGUGAAGGAGGAGAUGAAGAAAAACAACAUCUCGGAACACACUGUGGUAGCCAUAAUCUGGUCCAGUGUAAUGAGCACGGUGGAAUGGAACAAAAAGGAGGAGCUGGUAGCAGAGCAAGCCAUUAAGCACUUGAAGCAAUACAGCCCUCUACUUGCUGCCUUUACUACCCAAGGUCAGUCAGAGCUGACUCUUCUGUUGAAGAUUCAGGAGUAUUGUUAUGACAACAUUCACUUCAUGAAGGCCUUCCAGAAAAUAGUGGUGCUCUUCUAUAAAGCUGAAGUUCUGAGUGAAGAGCCCAUCCUGAAGUGGUAUAAAGAUGCGCAUCUUGCAAAAGGAAAGAAGUCGGAGUCUGAAGCUGAAGAGGGUGACUGA